GAGCUCCCUCUUUAUAUGAUUCACCGGUACAAGGCUGGUCUCUUCACUAAGGCGAUCCUCUUUCCACCGUCUUUGCCUUUUCUUUUGUCACUAAAAACGCAGCCAGAUGUCCCCUCUUACAAAUGGACCAAUCACAGGCCGGCAUGGCCUGAACUCCGGAAUGAAAUCAUCCGCUGUAUAAAACAAUCCAUGUCUCUCUACAUAUUUCAAAUCCCAUCCAGACGAACAGUGUACUCGAGAGAAUACUAUAUAUCUUUUUAAAUAGGAUAGGCGAAGCUGUACUUGUCAUCACCACUUAUAUCCUGAUCCCUUUUUUGUCGAUCAUCCUCCGGCUUUCACGCAUUCGUCCCCGGAAAAUCAACACCCAACAUCAAACCUGUCAACACCACAACCGAAUACCAUCAUCAACAUGGCCACUCGUCGCUCCGCAGAGAAAUCUCCUUCUCCCAAGGAAGUUGUCGCAUCUUCGGGCUCUCCAAAGCCCUCUGACUCAGAUGUGACCCCUGCCGUUCCCACAAAUGUGAUCAUGAAACUUCUCGGAUUUUCCUUCGCCAUGGUCGUCAUUCCUAUCGGGAUGUACUUUGUUACGGUGGACUUUGGAGCAAGCCCCACAGUCGGCGGUAUUGUGGCCGCCAUCAUGGCUAACGUAGUUCUCGUCGCAUACAUCUAUGUUGCGUGGAAGGAUGAUCAGGCGGAGAGGGAAGCUGACGCCAAGUAUAAGGAGAAAAAGGCACAGUAAUUGGUACAGCCACUCUGUCUUGUUGUCUUUGUUGUUUUCCUUUCAUUUUAUUCAUGGCUCUGGGGGCCCCUGUAUUGCAGAGAUGGCGUUCAUGGAUCGCUCUGUUUUCGCAUGCUAGGUAUGUACUUGUCGUAUCGUUUGUCUUGAAAGCUAUGUUGGGAUAGUAUGUAUGUAAUGGUCUAGGGAAAUACUCUGAGUGUUAUGAUACCUUUCAGGUUACUGGUUGUGUGAUUGGUCACGGUUUCCUCAAAGCAUACUACUAUGCGAACAAUAAGGCAGAUAACACACAGCCUGAGUGAAUGCCUCCUAUCUGAUUUCAACAGUAAGAUGA